ACAGCAGAGGUCACAGAGUGUCUGCAGGGUCUAAGAGAGAAGUUACCAGACAACACUCUGGUCUUCCAAGUUGAAGGAACACUAGAGAAGCCCUUCAGAGACUCAAAGGCAGUGUGUGACUCUCCUGUGAGCUAAGAGCAUUGGCUGAGUCAGACAGACCCGAGUGACAAGCCCAGCUUCACUCCCUCUCAGCUGUAAGAGCCAAGGUUUCCUUGAUUUGUGGGCCCUGAUGUCAACACAUUAGAGUCUCCAUCCUCCCUGCCCUAUAGCCAUGGCAGACAUGUCAAUACCAUUGCAUUCAUUACGAUUCAACAAUAUGAUGAGGGAGGAAAAUAGUGACCCCCAAAACAGGGGGGCAACUUUCCCUAGACCAAUGGCAGAGACAAGAGCAGAGGUUCAAAUCCUACAUUCUCAGUUGCAGUUGCCUAUAGUCUCAACUUCAGCCUCAGAUCUCGGAGGGACAGCUACACAAUUGAUGACAUCCACUGCCUUUGACAGUCUACCCUCCACACCUGUCAUGGGAGCACCACACUCUGGGACAUUGUCCCCACAGCUGAUGUCAGCUUCAGACUCCGGGACCCUGUCUCCACUGCUAAUGACAGCCUCAGAUUCAGGAACAUUGUCCCCACUUCUAAUGCCAGUCUCAGACUCUGGGGCACUGUCCCCACUGUUGAUGCCGACCUCAGAUUCUGGAACAUUGUCCCCAUUGUUGUCUACUUCAGACUAUGGGUUAAUGUCUCCAGGGAUGAUGACAAUUCCUGACUUUGGAACAAUGUCCACAGCACUAAUGGCAGCAUCAGAUUCUGCAGAGAUAUCACCAUUGGCAAUGCCAGUUCCGUCCUCUGGAGUGAUAUCUGCACCUGUAAUGAGUACUUCGUCCUCUGAGGCAUCGUUAAUGCUAGGAUCAGAUCCUGGUGAGAUAUCCCCACUCCUGAUUCCAGAUAUGAACCCUGGAGUGGCAUCUACACCACCAAUGACAGCUCCAGGCUCUGAAGCAAUGUCCCCAUUGCAAAUUACUGAUGAGGACACAGAAGCAAUGUCCAAAGUGCUAAUGACUGCUCUAGCUUCUGGGGAGAUAUCAUCGCUGCUAAUGUCAGGCACAGACUCUGAAGUGAUAUCCUCUCUGAUCAUGUCAGCUCUAGCUUCUGGAGAACCAACAACUCAGCCAACAAACCCUCAGGAAUCCGAGGGAAUUCCCACAGUGCUCAUGUCAGGUUCAGACUCUGGAGUCAUGUCUUCACUGCCUAUGCCAGAACCAAUUUCUGGUUCUGGAGCAAUGUCUACAUCACUGCUGUCAAUCCCAGAUACUGGAGAAACAGCCACAUUACCAAAGCCAGUCCCAGAUGCUGAGGCAAUGUCCCCACUGCUAAUGACUGCUCUCACCUCCACAGUGAUGCCUACUCAGUUGAUGCCAGCACCUGGUUCUGGAGUGAUGUCCCCAGACAUAACACAAAAUAUCAACUCUGAGAUCAUGUCUGUUCCACCAAUAAGAGUCCCAGCCACUGGAUUGAUGUCCACACUACCAGUGAGAGCUUCUGAUACAGGGGCGAUGCCCAUGCAGUUAACGAGAGUCCCUGCAUCAGGAAAUACGUCCACAUCACAAAAGACAAUUCCAGUCUCUGGAUCAAUGACAACUCCACUGAUGGCUGCCACAAGCCCUGGAGCAAUGUUCACAGAACAAAUGUCAACCACAGCCUCUGGUGUGAUGUCUACACAUUUAACAAUGGCCAAAACACCAGGAAUAAUGCCCAUAGGCUUUACGAAGUCCACAGCAAAUGGAGCAGUUUCUGCACAGCGAGUAAGAGGUUCAUCUUCUGGACUGAUGUCCACCCAGUCAGGUAUAGCUACAGCUUCUGAAAUGUCUGUGUCACAAUCAACCUCUGGGUCAGUGUCCACACAGAAAAUUCGAGCUCCUGUCACUGGACCAAUGUCCACAUCACAAAUAAGAACCACAGCCUCAGGACUGACAUCUACACCACAAAUGAGAGCCACAGCCUCAGGAGCAAUGUCUACUCCACUAAUGACAGCCAAAACCUCUGGAUCAUCAUCUCCACUGCUAAUGAGAGACACAGCUUCAGGAGUGAUAUCCAUGCCACAGAUGAGAGCUCCAGGCCCCGGAGCCUUGUCCAAGCCACUAAUGACAUCCAAAGCUUCUGGAAUGUUCAUGCAGCAAAUGACAACUGCAGCUUCUGGAGCAAUGCCCACAUCACUAAUGAGAGACACAGCUACUGGAGUUCUGUCCAUGCCACAGAUGACAGACCCAGCCUCAGGAGGCAUGUCCACACCACUAAUGAGAGCCACGGCUUCUGGAGUGAUGUCUACAUCACAGAUAACAACCACCACCUCUGGAGGCAUGUCUAAGCCUCUAGCAAGAGUCCCUGGUCCUGGGGCAACAUCCAUAUCACUAAUGAGAGCCACAGCCUCUGACAAGAUGCCUGGUCAGGCAAUAAGCAUUCAAGAUUCUGGAGGGGUAUCUACACCACUCAUGAGACCUGUUGCUUUGGGAGGGAUGCAGAUGAGAUCCCAGGCCUCAGCAACUAUGUCUACACCCCUAAUGAGGGCCUCAGACUCAUCAGAGAUGUCUACAUUGCUCUCAAAAGCCUCAUCCUGUGGAGAGAAGCCUCUACUACUAAUGAGACCUCCAGCUUCUGGAGAGAUAGCUCCAUCCCCAAGAGCCCCAGUUUAUGGUACAAUAUCUGCUCCACCCAUGACAGCUCCAGCCUCGAGUAUGAUGUCCAUGCCACCUAUGAAGGUUUCAGUCCCUGUAUCAGAGUCCACACCACUCUUGAGACCCACAGAUUCUGGAAUGAUGUCUGUGCCACUGAUGAGAACCCCAGCUUCCAGAGCAAAGUCCAUACCUCAAAUGAUGGCCACAGCUUGUGGAGACAUAUGCCCACUCCCAGUGCAAGCUCCAGCCAGUGCAGCAUUAUCUACACCACCAGUCAGAGCACCAGCCUCUUCAACCAUAUCUACAACACUUAGGAGACCCUCGUCUGGAGCUAUGGCCACAGAGAUAGCGAGAGCUCCAGGCCCUGGAAUUAUGUCCACUACACAGCUGGCAGCUAUGGCGUCUGGAGAGAUGUCUAAGCCACUAAUGAGGGCUUCAGCUCCUGGAACCAUGCCCACACCUUUGAUGUCACCCAUGACUUCUGGAGAGAUGUCUAUGCCACUAAUGAAAACCAUGCCUUCUGGGACAAUGUCAACCCUACAAACCAAACUUGUGAGUGCUAGAGCUACAUCCUUGCCGCAGCCAACAAAUACAGCUUCUGGGGGAAUGGCUAAUCCCCCACUGAGAGCCUCAGCCUCUGGAGUAGUAUCUACACCUCUUAUGAGAACCUCAGCUCCAGGAAUGAUGUCUAUGCCACUACCGAGGGCCACAGCCUCAGGAGGGAUAACCAUGCCACACAUGGCAGCUCCAACCUCUGGAGAGAUGUCUACACCACUAAUGAGUACCCCAGCACCUGGAAAAAUGUCCACAUCACAACCAGCCUUUGGAAUGACACCCAUUGUGAAUAUCAAAGCCACAGACUCAGGAGAGGCAUCUACCUCUCACUUCAGAGCCACAGCCCCUGGAUCAAAGAGCACACCACAUGGGACUGCCACAAACCCUGAGAUGAAGAACCCACCACCAAAAGAAGUGCCAUCCCUUGGUAUGUUGACCCCAGCACUCUGUUACCUCUUAGAGGAGCAAGAAGCAGCCCGAGGUUCAUCCUCUGUGGAAGAAGAUGCAGAGGAGAUUGAUGAGGAGAAGCAAAUGAAGGGGUUUUUAAAUGAUUCUGAGAAAAUGGCAUUUCUGGUGUCUCUUCAUCUGGGGGCAGCAGAGAGAUGGUCUAUCUUGCAGAUGGAGGUCGGAAACCCCCUCUCCGGUGAAAACAAGUCUUUCUUGAGAAGAUCACAGGGCUUAUAUGACUCCCUGUCUGAGAUAGACAUCCUAAGUGCUGUUCUUUGCCAUCCCAAGCAGGGCCAGAAGUCAGUCAGACAGUAUGCCACUGACUUCCUGCUGCUGGCCCGACAUUUGUCUUGGUCUGAUGCCAUUCUACGGACCAGGUUUCUGGAAGGACUCUCGGAAGCUGUUACCACCAAAAUGGGUCGUAUCUUCCUGAAGGUGGCCGGCAGCCUGAAGGAACUGAUAGAUAGGUCUCUGUACACUGAGUGUCAGUUGGCUGAAGAGAAGGAUUCCUCAGGCAACUCAUGCCAAGUUGUGCCAACAUCUUGUAAGCGGAACAAUGAGGAGGCCAUGGAGAGUGACCUGGGCUCUCAGCAGCAGACUGAGGAGCACCAGCAUGUUCCCAAACGCUGUUACUACUUGAAAGAACAUGGAGACCCCCAAGAAAGUCUUCAUGACCACCUUCGACAGAGCGCACAGAAGGCCCCCACCAACAAGUAGUACUCCUUGAAAUCUUCUGCGAUUUCUGCCUUGGCUGCUAACCUGAGGACUGGUUCCUGGACCCAUUCCAUUCAAAUAUAUCAUAAACCUUGUUGCCUUCACCUUCCAGCCUUCCCCUUCAGGCACAUCCCACUUUAUCUCCUGUUUUUGGUUGCCUUGACAUUCUCUUUCACCUAUAUGCCUGUGACCUGCCCUGACAAUCAGUGUGGACUAUAAGAAUGUAUGGUGUAUGAGAGUCUGAGCUCCCAUCAUCAUCACCAUCAAGGCUUUUUCAAAUUCUUGGUCCAGGGAGAAGUCUAGGCAGGAGAAAUCAUGUCCUACCUCAAAACACCUUAGAGUGUCUUGCCACAUGUCACCAGGCAAACUUGAGGAAAACCUUGUCCUAUUCCACCUGGCAGGGGAGCCUAUAAAGAGAGAGAUACCCACUCCUAUACCAUCUGUUCAAAUCAGCAGAUUCACCCUUAUAUGCCCCAACUCAUAGUACCUAAAUGGGUCUCCAGGGCCCUUGCCCUGUUUAUAGUCUCCAUCCUGAACCAUUGUUUUGACCCAUAGUAUUAAUAAUAGUGAUAUUAAUGGCUAACAAAUGUUGGUAAUGUGCCAUGUGACUGGUACUGAGCUAAACCCUUGAAAAGCACCAUCUCACUACAGUGUUAUAGUACCUAACUUGUUCCUGUGUUGUUAGCUUCUGAUCUCUUGCUUAUGGCCCUUGUCCUUCAGUGUGGAAUCUCUAGCUAUGACCUCUGGGUGAUCCCCUCAGUUGUCAAUUGCCCUUGCUCCCCUUGGUUGUUGUGCUUUGUGGCCAGCAUUCUCCUUAAGGGUCUCGGUGUCUAAACAGGUGUAGGUAGUUAGAACAUAAUAUGAACAGUGUUUGCCUUCAGGUGGUGGGUUAUAUGUUUUUUUUUUAAUUUUUGUCUUUGUACUGUUCUCUGUAAUUUCCAGAUUCACUACAGUAAGCAUGUAUUACGUUUGUAACCAUAAAUAAAGGCAAUUUGUGAAAAUGAA